AUGGGAGAAAGCCAACUAGGAGCCUCAAAUCUUCCAUCAAAAGUCUGGCAUUCUGAGGUGACAGUGUCAGUGACAGGCGAGCCACCCAGUGCUGUAGAAGAAGAAAAAGAAACAGCUGAAGAAACAGACAAGGAAGUCUUCCCGGAAAUCAUAGAGCCACUCUCCAUUCUAGAUGUGCUGAGGAUCUCCGCGGUUCUGGAAGAUACCACAGACCAGCUCUCUAUUCUAAACUAUAUCAUGCCAGUUCAGUAUGAAAGAAGCCAAAGUAUCAGCAUGAAGAAAAACAAGAGCUUAGAAAAACUUCCAGAGGCCUCAAGAACCUCAAAAAUAUCCAGUCCAUUCUUACCUAAAGAAGAAACCAAGUUGCCAGGAGUCCAAAAAGGAAGCCAAUUUACCAAUGAGUUUAACAAAAUGCAAGAUUUUGUCUUCAAAAAACCUGCAAGACAGACCAUAAUGUCCACGGAGAUAAUGAAGAAAAUUCAGAUUGAUAGGCAAUUUUUCAGUGAUAUAAUUACAGAUACCAUGCAGGAGUUGGAAGAGUCAGGCACUUUCACCAGUCUCCUAAAAGCCCUGGGCAAAGAGAGGGAAAACAAAAUGCAUUUUUAUGAUAUCAUUGCCAGGGAGGAAAAAGGGAAAAAACAGAUAAGAUCUCUUCAGAAACAGCUGCUUAAUGUCAAAAGAGAACAGCAAGCUGAAGUACAGAGUCGGAAUGAAUAUAUUGCUCACCUCAAGGACCAGUUGCAAGAGAUGAAGGCAAAAACCAACAUGGAAAAUCACUAUAUGAAGAAAAACACUGAGCUGCAGAUCUCCCAGACCCAGAAGAAAUGUAACAGAACUGAGGAGCUCUUGCUGGAAGAGAUAGAGAAGCUGAGGCUGAAAACCGAAGAAGAGAACAGGAUUCAUAUGGAGAUUGAAAUGUUCCUUAGAAAGGAGCAGCAGAAACUUGAGGAAAAGCUAGAGUUCUGGAUGGAGAAAUUUGAUAAGGACACAGAAAUGAAACAGAAUGAACUAAAUGCUCUCAAAGCUGCUAAGGCCAGUGACUUAGCACACCUUCAAGAACUCGCAAAGACGAUAAGGGAGUAUGAACAGGUCAUCACUGAAGAUCGGUUAGAAAAGGAGAAGACCAGGAAGAAGACAGAACAGGAUGACUUGGAAUUAAAGAGCAUCAUAAAGCUCCAGGCCUGGUGGCGAGGCACUAUGAUACGGAGGGAAAUUGGUGGUUUCAGACUGCCUAAGAAGGACAAAGAUGAUGGCAAGGAUUCUAAAGGUAAAGGCAAAGCCAAGGACAAGCGGAAAGGCAAGAAAAAGUGA